GUCAAGUCGAGUGCUGAACACUUCUUAAGUUCAAGAUCUUAGAGGAAGUGUCAGACAUCAUCCUUUACACCAACACUGACUACAUGGGAACUUUUCUCGACAAGUUUCCUGGGAAGUGAACAGGUUUUAACUUUCUCUGAGCGCACUCUUGUCUUCGUUUCACUUUAGUCCUCGUGUAAAUCUGUGUUUCUGUCCGUAAGCGUUUGUCAGCUGUAGUUUAGGGCGAUGUCAGGAGAGCUGAGGCCCCGACUGUGUGUGUUAGAGAAGGGCAGCGACGGCUAUGGCUUCCACCUGCACGGGGAGAAGAACAAAGCGGGUCAAUUCAUCCGCCUGGUGGAACCUGACUCUGCGGCCGAGCUGUCGGGUCUGAGGGCCGGGGACAAACUGGCGUUCGUUAACGGUGAGAGUGUGGAGGGUGAGAGCCACCAGCAGGUCGUGUCCCGGAUACGAACCGUGACGGGCAAGCUGGAGCUUAUCGUCGUGGACUCCGAGACGGCCGAGUAUCUCAAAAAACACAACCUGACAUGCAAGAAGGAGUUCGUCAGUGAAGGAGUGCCGAGACCAGGGGACCAACCGGGGGGCCAACCGGGGGACCAACCGGGGGACCAACCGGACACCGCCGCACAGGAGAGCAACGGCACCGCCACGGAGUCCAGCCCUGCUCCUGCUUCUACCCCUUCUCCUGCCCCUUCUCCUUCUCCUACCCCUGUCCCUGCUGCUAACGGAAGCAUGGGCCUCGACACACUCAGCCUGAGCUCCAAGGAUUCGAAGAAUGAGCUGCGUCCCCGUCUCUGCCACAUGAAGAAGGGAGCCACAGGUUAUGGCUUCAACCUGCACAGCGAGAAGUCCAAAUCAGGCCAGUAUAUCAGGGCGGUGGAUGAGGACUCCCCAGCUGAGAAAUCUGGACUUCGACCCCAAGAUAAAGUAGUGCAGGUGAACGGCAUACCCGUUCAGGGCUUCCAGCACUCUGAGGUGGUGGCUGCCAUCAAGGCAGGAGGAGAUGAGCUGCGGAUGCUGGUGGUGGAUCCAGAAACGGAAGCCUUCUUCAGCAGCUGCCAGGUUCUUCCCACUGAGGAGCACCUCACAGGCCCUCUUCCUGAACCUUAUGGCAGCAGAGAUGCUGAUGAAAAGGUGAAGGAGGAAGCAGUUCAGGAAGCCAUGCCGGUGUCAGCGAGUCCCACUCCAUCCAACGCUUCCUCCACCGCAUCUAUCCCUGCUGAGACGGCCAACACUCCCCCAUCACAGGAGAAGGCAGUGGAGAAGAGCGCGAAUGCAGCCUCGUCGCUGGAUCUGAACAUUUCCCUGCAGCAGGCUAAAGAGCGCGCGCACCAGAAACGAUCCAACAAGAGAGCGCCACCUAUGGACUGGAGCAAGAGGAGUGAAGUGUUCAGCAACCUCUAAAGCAGCGGUUUUCUCCACCACCAUCACGCAUCGUCUUCUUUAGAUUUCCUUUAUUUAUAAAGUCCACACUUCCGUCUCACUCAUGAGGCCAGCUCUUCUGAUUUAUACAGACAGCUGUUAAGCAGAAGGGAAGCGGGAAAAAGCAACUUCCUGGAUUAACAAAGCAUGAAAUCACAUGUUAGAAAGAAUUGCUGGAUUUGUUUUUUUUGUUUUUUGGUCCCACAAUUUCUGUUCGAGUCUCAACAACCCCACACACACACACACACACUCACACACCCUCAGAUGAACAUUUAACGCCAGUGUUAUUUUGUCACUUGUUUUUAUUGAUCUUUAUAGGCAUUUUAUUGAACUAUGAUAGAAAUCAAAUUUGUGAUCUGAUAUUACUUUAUGUACAGUGUAGAUGUAAUUAAUGCACAAUUUUUUUUCCUGUUCACGCUGUUCAUAAAGGUGUGUGUGUGUGUGUGUGUGUGUGUUCGCACCACCAGUUCAUUAUACUGUACAUGCAUCUGUCCUGUCGAAAUAACGUUAAUGUUCAGAGCAGUUUUUAUCGUGUAAUAUUACACUUUAUAAUGCUGUGUGGUGUGAAAGCUUUUGUCUGUGAGUCUUACUUUUUUUUUUUUUUUUUAAGCUGUAAAUCAUAAAUUAUAUGGAGAAAUCGCUAAAACAGAGCUAUACACUCUGACUAACCUAGAACAUGUGGUUAGUUUUCUGACUGAAGGAGGAAAAGCACUGUUUUUUUUUUUUUUUUUUUUUUUUUUUUUUCUUUAUCAUAAGAUUUGUGUAAAUUAGUCUAAUGGUCUAAUCACAUCCAUAUUCUCAGUCGCGCAAAGUAAUAGGGCACAUUAUACUUCUGAUGGAAGAGCUUUUGAUUUUAAUUUUUUUUUUUUUUAAGCAGUCAUCACCUCAUUGUUUAAUUUUUGUAUAAUGUUUGAGAUUUAUGUUUGGUUCAGAAGUUUUAGUCUGUUGACUACGGAAUUGAAAGGAUUUUUAUGAACAUUCUUAAGAAGAAAACCACUCGCUGUCUAUAGCAACUUCAGCUGAAAGUUCUGGCUAGACUUGCCUGGAUGACUGAAUAAAUAAAAAAGAAAAGAAGUC